AUGUCUUCUUCUCCAGCACAGGCGGGCCUGCAGGGGUUGUUUGGUCCUACUGAGGAUGACCGGACCUUCUUAGCAGAGUAUUGUAUCUUUCUCGGAGACGUCACGAAAGGAGGAUCAAGUAAGGAUCCCUAUUGCUGUUCCACUUACAACGCACUCGCAAUAAAAUUCAUAUCUCAUUUCACUGCAGGCAGAGCUGAUGCAUCUAAAUGCGUCGAAAAUAUGCUUCCAUACCUCCAUCACGAGAGCUCGACCGUCUACCGGCGCGCUGUGUGCCGAAUUGCCAUAGCUUUCAUAGCUAGACUCUACAAAUUCAAGCAAUACACCCAUGCCGACUUGGCAGCACUGGCUCAAGAGUGUGUGGAGUUACUCGAGAGUACCAAACUAAAAUGCGGUCCCGAAUAUUAUGAGAAUCGCUUCGCGAGACUCGAGAGAUUCGCAAUCAUCCUCAGGGACUGGCAUGCAAAGAAAGCGGUAGUUUGCUCAGUGGCAGAUCCGUCACCAAAUCCUACUGAGGGUGGGGAUGUCGAGAUGAUGGAGAAGGAGGAGGCGGAUGAGCUGGAGGAGACGAUGGAGCUUCUCAAACGGCAUACGAUGUGAGGCAGGAAAGGAAAGCUGGUAGAGCUGUCUGCUCACC